AUGCCAUUGGGUUUCUUUUCCUCGAAUUCCUCGAAAGAUGGGCCUAAACCCCAGCCUUUGACCAGUGAAAAAGAGAAAAAGUUCAAGGAUGUAGCUACCUCAAAUGCUGGAGUCGAGAUCAAGGAUUCUAAAGGAACGACUGUCAAAUUGGGCAAGAAGUCGUAUGUGGUUGAGAAGAAAUUGGCAGAAGGAGGGUUUGCGAUCGUUUAUCUUGUUCAAGACAAACACAAUCGGUGUUACGCUUUGAAACGACAGUUAAUUCGCGAUGAUCAACGACAAGUUGAAGCCUGUAAAACUGAAGCUCAGAUCGUGAAGAAUCUGAACGGACACAAGAACAUCGUGGGCUAUGUGGAUCAUUCUUUGGGCGUGAACAAGGCUGGCAUUUACGAUUAUAUGUUGUUGACAGUUUAUUAUAAGUGUAAGUCUUCCUUUUUUUUACUUUUUUUUAAUUUUAGAUUUAAAUGGAUUCUGUGUGCCUCUUUACUGUUAAAGAUAAAACUACUGUAAUUUUAUAUUUUAGCUAGUGUUUUCAACUUGAUAAAGUCAAGGAUGGCUAAUAACAAAUGGCUUACGACUUCUGAGAUCCUGGACAUAUUUUGUGAUGUCUGUGAAGCCGUGGCUCGGCUACAUCAUUCUAAAACGCCAGUUAUUCAUAGGGACUUAAAAGUAAGUUUCUUUACGUUAUUUAUGUUUAUAUAUUUAUUUUAUACAUAAAUGCUUUUUAAAUUUGUUACCUCUUUUGAUUUUUUUAGAUAGAAAAUGUGUUAAUAGAUGAAAGGACAGGAGGCGAUAGGCCCAUUUAUAUUUUGUGUGACUUUGGUAGUGCAACGACAAAAGUAAUGUCGCGAGAUACCUGCUCUCAGUAUGAUUUAGAAGAAGACAUCAAGAAAUAUACGACACCAUCGUAUCGAGCUCCAGAAAUGAUCGAUCUGUUUGCUGGGACUUUAAUAGGUAAAUAUUGUAUACAUUUACAUAAUAUACUUUUUGCACUCAAAUAUUUCAAAAACGUUGUGUUUAUUGCAUUUUAUAAUUUUAGAUACGAAAAGUGAUAUCUGGGCAUUGGGAGUGAUGUUGUACAAGCUCUGCUACUUCAAUGUUCCCUUUGGUGAUUCGAUAUUGGCUAUCCAGAACGGAUCUUUUACUUUUCCUGAGCAACCUGACAUUCCAGACGAACUCAAAGCUAUAAUCAGUAAGUUUUCUCUUUGUCAUCUUAGAUAUUUUAGGUAACAGUUAUCUUGUUUUUUUGAUCCAGAAUGUUAUCCUUUCGAAAAACAUUGGAAAAGGGGGGCAUGUUUUUGCUAUUUAUGGACGACACAAAACUCAUUAAUAGAGUGUGAUAAACACUGAACGAGAAUUCUUUUUCUAAUUGUUUACUGAUGGUAAUAUUUAUUUUCAGAUUUGUUAUUGACAGCCAGUGCGAAACAUCGCCCUAACAUCUACCAGGCGUCGUAUCUAGCCUUUUCAGCAGCUAAACGGAAGUGUCCUGUGUACAAUAUUGAAGUAAGGGUUGCUUUACUUUUAAUUUUACCUAUGUUUUAAAUUAAAAAUAUUUCCAAUUUGGAGUUAUGGAAGUGUCGAAUUAAACGAACUUAUUACUUAUCAUUGUGUUAUGAUUUCAGAAGUGCCCCAGAAUCGAGUUGACAGAAGCGGUGGAGAUUUAUCGACUGCGUGACAAAUUGGGCGCCAACUAUGCUCGGCGAUUGGAAAAGGCUUUGAACGAUUUCGAAGAACAAAAGAUCAAAGGAAAAGUGGCACCCAAACCCGAAGCUGUGGAACGACUGGUCGAGAAGGCGGCUUCAUCUCCACCGUCGGAUAAGAUUCAAGAAAAGGACAGGUACGUGCCUUCCAUACCUGUGUCCGCCGAGGGAAUGAUCGUCAACACUGAGCAAGACAAACAGAAUACUCAAACCACGUCUGUGAAUCCAAGACUACGACCAAAAGCUAGUACCACUGUUGGUAGCCAGUUCUUGCCUCCUGUUGGAACUGUAAGAAUUUUUAUUUUAUUACCUAAGUUUUAAAGGAAUUACGAAAAUUCAUAUUGUAGUCUAAACUUCAGUCACGUUUGAAAAUAUACUGGAAAUUUAAUUAUCAUAAAUUUAAACCUUGUCAUUUCAGUCUCCUCGAAUGGUAAAAACCCCUUCAAAGCCUCCAGAAGUCACUUACAGUAUCCCGUCAACGUACCAAAACGAUUACAGUAAGACAGAAUCCUCAGAUCUUAACACUUCGAUCCCUAUUGCUAAUCAUCAAUAUCAGUUUGCCGUUUCCAUUAAAAUGUUAACCUCCACGGUCUCUGCAAACCCAUCAACUUCGACUGCGAUUGAUACGAUGAAAGUGUCACAAAUAUCAACCGACAGUUCGAAGUCGGCUCCCGAUUGUACUGAUGCCAGUUAUCAGAGAACGUUCUCGAACAUCUGUGAACAACCGUUUACUCAAGCUGAAUUGACAGCUCAACCGAGAGCACGGAACGCAGCUACACUGCCGGCUACAGCGUUGAGGACGAGUGCUUUCCAGUACGUUUUUACAAUUUUUCCAUUUAAAUUUAAUUUAAAAUUUGUCUUUAAGUAACAUACAUUUUGCUGAAAAUUAUCAUUUUCAGACCAUAUUCUAUAACUCACCGUAACAAAUCCGACUCCGAACAGCCUCCUGCCCCUAAAUCGAACAGUUUUGACAGUGAAUCUCUAGUUCCUCUCACAGAAUCCCUCAAUCCAUUCGUAGCCGAGAUAAAGGCUAAUGUAAUGGAUGACAAUGACUUUGGAGAACGAUUCGACCAGAUCAGACGAGUGAAUCGACGAAACACGAUGGAUUCGUCGAUGAAUGGCUCUAGAAUCUCGGAUUCUUCGGAUGUUAGACGAAACCUAGGACCUGAUAUGGAGUCGACCUUGUUAUUGUACACUAAAACCAUCAAGAAUGACAGUCUACAGCUGGAUUCUGUGACCGAGCAGGCGAUUGAAGAGGAUCCAUUUGGAGCGGCGCCGAUCCUGCCUACACAAAUCAUGACGGCGAAGCCAGUAUAG